GGAGGAGGAGGGGGAGGGGCGGUGGCAGGAAGGCAAGGGUGGCAGGGAGGGGGCAAUUGGAUCGUUGUUGGCAAGAGUCUUCCGGGAGGAAGAGGGAGCCCCCUCCUUUCCGUGUCCGUUACAACAAACAGCGCUGCCCGCUCACCCCAGCUCGUUUGCUCUGUGGAUGAAAUGAAUCAUGAGUUUCAAGCUCUUGCAUUAGAAUCUCGGGGAAUGGGAGAGCUGCUACCUGCCAAAAAAUUUUGGGAACCAGAUGAUCCAGCAAAGGAUGGACAAAAAGGGAUAUUUCUUGGUGAUGAGUGGAGAGAAACUGCUUGGGCAACACCUCACCACUCCAUGUCACAACCUAUUAUGGUUCAAAGAAAGCCUGGACAUGUUUUUCAUGGAACAAGUGAAGUAAACGCUGUCUUAUCUCCUCGAUCAGAGAGUGGUGGCCUUGGUGUGAGCAUGGUCGAAUAUGUGCUAAGUUCUUCUCCAGCUGAUAAAUUGGACUCCCGGUUUAGGAAAGGAGCUUUUGGCACUAGAGAAGCUGAAACAGAUGGACCUGAGAAAGCAGACCAGAAAGGCAAGGUUUCUCCAUUUGAGGAGGACAAGAACAGAGAUCUUAAACAAGUUGAUGAUGACGAUGUUACCAAAAUAAAUGGCAGAGGCUUGCCAAAUGGAAUGGAUGCUGAUAGCAAAGAUUUUAACAGUCGUACUCCUGGAAGCCGACAAGCAUCCCCAACUGAAGUAACUGAGCGUUUGGGUCCAAACCCUAACACUGCUGAAGGCUUGUCUUCACUUUCUAAUCCUUCAACUCACAAGCCACUGGUGGAAGAAUUUUCAAACUCCGAAUCUCAGAAUUUGGAUGCUAUGGAACAAGUGGGUCUUGAUUCUCUGCAGUUUGAUUAUCCUGGAAAUCAGGUACAAAUGGAUUCUUCAGGAGCUACUGUGGGACUCUUUGAUUACAAUUCACAACAACAGAUAUUUCAGAGGACUAAUCCUCUUACUGUUCAGCAGUUAACAGCAGCACAACAGCAACAGUAUGCACUGGCAGCAGCUCAGCAACCACAUAUAGGUGUAUUUUCGGCAGGCUUGGCUCCAGCUGCUUUUGUGCCAAAUCCCUAUAUUAUCAGUGCUGCUCCCCCAGGUGCUGACCCAUAUACAGCAGCAGGCUUGGCUGCUGCAGCUACCUUAGCAGGGCCAGCAGUUGUUCCUCCUCAGUAUUAUGGAGUUCCUUGGGGCGUAUAUCCAGCCAAUUUGUUUCAACAGCAAGCCGCCGCGGCAGCAAACAGCACUGCCAAUCAGCAGGCUGCAUCACAGGCACAACAAGGACAACAGCAGGUUCUUCGUACUGGAGGUAAUCAGCGCCCUCUUACUCCCAACCAGAGUCAGCAAGGGCAGCAGGCAGAAUCACUUGCAGCAGCUGCGGCGGCAAAUCCAGCUUUGGCUUUUGGUCAGGGACUUGCCACUGGCAUGCCAGGCUAUCAAGUGCUAGCUCCCACUGCUUAUUAUGAUCAGACGGGUGCCUUGGUGGUAGGUCCAGGGGCCAGAACUGGACUUGGAGCACCUGUCAGGUUGGUGGCUUCAGCACCUGUUAUCAUCAGUUCUGCAGCUGCACAAGCAGCUGCUGCAGCUUCAGCUGGAGGAACAGCAAACAAUAUCACAGGAACCACAAAUGGGCUUUUUCGACCCCUUGGUCCUCAGCCUCAACAGCAGCAACAGCAGACAAACAACAGUCUACAAUCUAAUUCAUUUUAUGGCAACAAUACUUUAACCAAUAAUUCUCAGAGCAGUUCACUCUUUUCACAUGGUCCUGGUCAACCAGGAAACACAUCUCUUGGCUUUGGAAGUAGCAGCUCCUUGGGAGCUGCCAUUGGGUCUGCACUUGGUGGAUUUGGCUCAACCGAAAGUCAGUUGGACCAGGCAGAUCUUGCAUAUGAGGAACAACUUGCAUUAGUGACUAUGAAAGUUGGCAGUUCUGCAAGUAGUAGUGCCACAAGGAGAGAGUCUCUAUCUACUAGUUCUGACUUGUACAAAAGAUCUAGUAGCAGCCUAGCACCCAUAGGGCAGCCAUUUUACAAUAGUCUGGGAUUUUCCUCCUCUCCAAGCCCAAUAGGCAUGCCUCUGCCAAGCCAAACUCCAGGACAUUCACUUACGCCACCGCCAUCACUUUCAUCACAUGGAUCCUCAUCCAGUUUGCAUUUAGGGGGAUUGACCAAUGGUAGUGGUCGCUAUAUUUCAGCAGCUCCUGGAGCAGAAGCCAAGUAUCGCAGUGCUGCAAAUACCUCCAGUCUUUUCAGCUCAAGCAGCCAAUUGUUUCCUCCCUCACGGCUACGUUACAGUAGAUCUGACAUUAUGCCUUCUGGGCGGAGUAGGUUAUUGGAGGAUUUCAGAAAUAAUCGCUUUCCUAACCUUCAACUAAGAGACCUUGUUGGGCAUAUAGUUGAAUUUUCACGGGAUCAGCAUGGGUCUAGAUUUAUACAACAGAAAUUAGAGAGAGCUACUCCGGCUGAGCGCCAAAUGUUGUUUAGUGAAAUUCUGCAAGCAGCGUAUCAGCUGAUGACAGAUGUGUUUGGAAACUAUGUAAUACAGAAAUUCUUUGAGUUUGGAAGCAUUGACCAGAAGUUAGCACUUGCAACGCGCAUUCGUGGACAUGUUCUCCCAUUAGCUUUACAGAUGUAUGGGUGUCGAGUCAUUCAGAAAGCUUUAGAGUCUAUUUCACCUGACCAGCAGGUAAUUAAUGAAAUGGUGAAGGAACUAGAUGGUCAUGUCCUAAAAUGUGUUAAGGAUCAAAACGGAAAUCAUGUGGUACAAAAGUGUAUUGAAUGUGUUCAGCCACAAUCACUCCAAUUUAUUAUUGAUGCUUUCAAAGGACAGGUGUUUGUGCUUUCAACUCACCCUUACGGCUGCAGAGUAAUUCAGCGUAUUCUUGAGCAUUGUACUGCUGAACAGACUUUGCCUAUUUUGGAAGAAUUGCAUCAACACACAGAACAGCUUGUGCAGGAUCAGUAUGGAAACUACGUUAUUCAGCAUGUUCUGGAACACGGCCGCCCUGAAGACAAGAGUAAAAUUGUUACUGAAAUCAGAGGAAAAGUUCUGACAUUAAGUCAGCAUAAAUUUGCCAGCAAUGUGGUUGAAAAAUGUGUGACUCAUGCAUCUCGUGCUGAAAGAGCUUUGCUUAUUGAUGAAGUAUGUUGCCAGAACGAUGGUCCUCACAGUGCCUUAUACACCAUGAUGAAGGACCAAUAUGCAAACUACGUUGUUCAGAAGAUGAUUGACAUGGCGGAACCAGCUCAGCGUAAGAUUAUAAUGCACAAAAUUCGACCCCAUAUUACAACCUUGCGUAAAUACACGUAUGGGAAGCAUAUCCUUGCCAAGCUGGAAAAGUAUUACCUGAAGAACAAUGCUGAUCUGGGGCCAGUUGGAGGACCACCAAAUGGGAUGCUUUGAAGAUAAGUUUAAGGAGCAGUCCAAAAGAUAAAUUGUAUUGUGAAUUAUCAAAACACCCAACUUAACUAAAAUUUUGUGAUUUUUUAAAAAUAUAUUUAUUGACUUCAUCCAUUUGUAAAAAUUUUAUUCAUGUGUAUAUUUUUGGGGAAUGAAUUACAACAUAUUGCCAUUUCUUAAUAGAGACCUAUCAGAUUGCAAGGCUUACAAAGCACAGAAUGCCUGUAAAUGAUGUAACUAUCGGAAUAGCUCUCCCAUUUUGUAAAUUUUUACCUUGUAAAGUCACUGAAUAAAAUAGUUUUUAAAGGGAAAAGUACAGUAUUCUUUUAAUAUACUGGCUUACAGUCUGGUAGGUCUAUCCACCAUCAUUGCACAACAUGUUUAUAUAAUUGUAUAUAGAAUUAGUUUUCAUUUUUCCCCUUUGUGUGGAAUCUUUUUUAUAACAGUUGGAAAUGAAGCAAUUGCAUAAUUAUUAUUUAAUCUGAUACAGAAAGUUAAGUUCUGUAUUUUGGUGGUUCACAAUUUUAUUGUCCCAAAAGCAAUCAGGGUACUGCAAAUACCAGUAAAGAAGUCGUAAAAUGUGAACACUGAUGAGUAGUUUCCACCUUUUACUCUGGAAAUAUUUUUUUUAAAAAACAGUGCCCUUUUCUCCGGCAGUGUACAGAAGCCAUGUAUAUAAUUUAAUAUUUAACUAAUGGUGCAAGAAUAGGGUAUAAAAUCAAGGUAGUACUUGGAUCCAGCAAUGUACUGUCUGGGAAAGAGUAAAUUCAAUAAAUAAAUAGGCAGACAGUUGGUGUAAGAUGUGUGUUUUGCUUUGCAUAUACAAUUGUAAAACGGGAUUUGAAAAUUGAGCAUUUGCUUGAAGUAGUAGAUGAAUUUGUAGGCAAUUGAUGGAGGAAAGAGCCUAUUUAAAUUUGAUAGUGCAACAUCUAAAGCAUGAUUAAAUAUUCAGAUAGGGUUUUUUUGCUUCCUUAUAAAUAUAAGCAUUAUAUAAGUAUAGUUAAUAGAUGUAAGUUUACCGUUUGUAAACAGAUUCCUUGUUUUCAAUGUUUUAAAAGCCUUGCUAAUUAAGUAGUGAUGCUUACCUUGGUUGUACAGAUGUACAUUUGUAAACCUUCAUGCUGUAAAUGUAAUUUGUUUUACCCCUUUUGGGAAGAAAAUUUGCAUUUUAGUGUAUAUUCAUAUCCCUGCCCCUCUACCCUGACAUAGUGUUGUAUAAUGUAAAUUUAUUUCGGCAAAUCAAGACUGGUUUUUUAAAAAUUCUAUCUUUAUAUGGUUUCAGAGAUAUGAAUCAGCUUUCUUUGAUCUGUUACAAAAAUCUUUUGUUUAAUACAUAGCUAUUCUGUUAAUAUGGACAUUUUGGAAACUUAAAUCAGUUUAAACAUUAAUGAGAAUAAAGAUAAUUAAUGGACAGAAAUACUGAUGACAGAAACCAGUGCUUCUUCCAUCUUAAAUGUGGCACGAUUUGUUUUUGUAUAGAAGAAUGCUGUAUUUUUGAACAGCUUGUUUCAUCCUAAAGCAAAUAUGUAUGAUACUGUCAAUUUAAACACAACACUGUAACAGUAAGAUAAAGGUGUACAUUUACAAGCGGCCUUAUGUACAUUUCCCAGUUUCCUUUUUAAGGCAAGAAUUGUGACUAUAUGUGUAUAAUUAAAAUCCUUUUUAAUCCUUUGCCUUUGAAGAUAUUUUGGAAAAACAUUUACUUUGUAUAUUCAGUUUCUGAAAGAUAAAAUGCAUUGUAUUUUGUUCAAGCUGGCAUUUUGUAUAAGCGCUUCUUCAUUUUUGUGACAUAAUAUAGGUGCUUUGCCUCAGAAUUGUUGGAGGGAGUGACAGUUACAGCAUAUGCAAAAGUUUUGGGGUGGAGGUUCCAGGAAAUGGAAGAGAAUAGUGCAUCUCGUUUAUGCAGCUUCUCAAUAGAAACAUGCAAAUACCUGCAUACCAUAAAAACAUUUUAUUCCAACGUUGAUUUUUUAAAAUAAUAAUAAUACCAACUAAAAUACCUAAAGUGUAUGGUAAUUUCUCUUCAUAAUAGCUUUCUCUCCAUUUACAUAAUCGUUAAAUAUGUGAUAAUUAUAUUUGCUAUAGAACAGUUUCCUCAUAGAAGUUGCAACUUGAUAGAACUCUGAAAUUCCAGUAAAAUUUAUCUUCUCAUCCAAAGAAUAUAUGAUUUGAAGAGUUGGAAGAACAUAGAUCUUUUGUAUUCUCUUAUAUGUUAGAUAGCCUACAUGUGUAUAAAACUUAAUUCAAAUAUAAUUUACUGCUCCUCAAUAUAUUGCAAGUCUGUCCUACAACCUAUUGGCUCAAUGAAGUGUCAUAUUUAUAAUACAGGAAACACUGUUCUGCUAUCUGACUGAAAUAUAUUUACACAGUAGAAGUAUAGAACAACAGGAAUGGCUUUCCUCAGCUAGUAGCUGGAAACAAUCUUACAUGUGUUGAAAAAUUCUCUAUUCCCCACCCCCCACCCCAGAUAUCUCCUUUGAUGUAGAUUUGUUUAGGUCUGCUCAGCAUCUAGGCCGCUAUUAGUUCAUAUUGAAUGAUGUAAUGUUCACUUGUAAUAUUCUGUAUAGAAAAAUGAAAAUGUGUAAGUUUAUGCAGUAUGUUGGUCUUAUGUUCUUCUUUCCAAAAGGUGGUGGUCCACUGACUAUAAUUAUUACUCUACUUUCGUUGGAAACUUUAGCUAUAUUAGGCCGAAAUAAGGUGCAUCAUCUUUUUAUUUCUUUGUGGAUUUUUUAAUAUUAUUAUGGUUGGUUGUGUAAUCAGCCAGAUGCAUAGACUGGAUUUGGCCUUUUUGUCCACAUGUUGAGUCCUUCCUACGGUACUGGAAUAAAUAGAUGUUGUUAUUUGAUAUUAAAGGUAUUGUUGCAUUAUUAUGGUUGGUCACACAGCCAGAUGGUUAGACUGGAUUUGACAUUGUUAAUCCACUUACCAAGUUUUUAAUUACCUGUUCACAACAAUGUGAAGUCGCAGCUGCCCGUUCUUUAACUGCUGUUGGCCUUCAUACACAUAGAGUUAUUCCUAAGAAUGUCAUAAUGUAUCAGCAUAGUAUAUCUGGCAAUCCAAGCAGUGUGGCCUUUUGCAAUUGAUAAAUGGAAAUGUUGUCAAUGCACUGAUUUUCUAAGUGCUCUCUAAGAUAACUACUAGGACCACCAUGACCGGUUUAUUGUCACUUCAAUUUCCAGAUCUUGAUAUUAAUAUUAUUAUUAUUUAGUGUUUAUAUGCCACCUAUCAAAUAAAGUACUAGUUAUGCUUCAGUUAUCUGUUAGUUUCCCACUUGUUAGGCCACUUAUAAAACAAUCCCUUGCAAUUGACCUUGGUCGCUGAAGCUAAUGGGAAUUGUUUAAAAUGAACCUUUGUAGUAAUACUUGAUCCAUGUAUUUUCUAUAGACGCUUCUAUGUAUUCUCCUUGUAAAGUUUCCACUGGAAAGUACAGGACACCUGAGAUCCCAAUGUUUUGUAUGUCCAAAUUUGUAUAUCUGUCACAUGAAUGUAUAUAUUGGAUAAAAUACAUUUUAACA